AUGACGGAGACAUUCGCAUUCCAGGCUGAAAUCAAUCAGCUAAUGUCCCUUAUUAUUAAUACCUUCUAUUCAAACAAGGAAAUUUUUCUUCGCGAGCUAAUUAGUAAUUCGUCAGAUGCGUGCGACAAAAUCCGGUACCAGAGUCUGACGAACCAGUCCGUGCUCGGAGAUGAACCCCAUUUGCGCAUUCGCGUAAUCCCCGACCGAGUAAAUAAGACACUGACGGUGGAGGACAGUGGCAUCGGUAUGACGAAAGCCGACCUGGUGAACAACCUUGGUACGAUUGCUCGCUCCGGUACCAAGUCAUUCAUGGAGGCAUUGGAGGCCGGUGGCGAUAUGAGCAUGAUCGGGCAGUUCGGCGUCGGAUUUUACUCUGCCUACCUUGUCGCAGACCGCGUAACCGUUGUGUCGAAGAACAACGAGGACGAUGCCUACACGUGGGAAUCCUCUGCAGGUGGUACCUUCACUGUAACCUCCACGCCCGACUGUGACCUGAAGCGCGGUACGCGUAUCGUCUUGCAUUUGAAGGAAGACCAGCAGGAAUACCUGGAGGAGCGGCGGCUGAAGGACCUCAUCAAAAAACACUCCGAAUUUAUCGGCUACGACAUCGAGUUAAUGGUGGAGAACACCACUGAGAAGGAGGUGACAGAUGAAGACGAAGACGAAGAGGCCGCCAAAAAGGCUGAGGAAGGUGAGGAGCCAAAGGUGGAAGAGGUGAAGGACGGCGAUGAUGCCGAUGCCAAGAAAAAGAAAACCAAAAAGGUGAAGGAAGUGAAGCAGGAGUUUGUGGUGCAGAACAAGCACAAGCCACUGUGGACGCGCGACCCGAAAGAUGUAACAAAGGAGGAGUACGCCUCCUUCUACAAGGCCAUCUCGAACGACUGGGAAGAGCAGCUGUCUACGAAGCACUUCUCCGUGGAGGGCCAGCUGGAGUUCCGGGCUAUCUUAUUUCUCCCGAAGCGCGCACCCUUUGACAUGUUCGAACCAAACAAGAAGCGCAACAACAUCAAGCUAUACGUCCGCCGCGUGUUCAUCAUGGACAACUGUGAGGACCUGUGCCCCGAGUGGCUCGGCUUCCUGCGCGGUGUGGUGGACAGCGAGGACCUGCCACUAAAUAUCUCCCGUGAGAACCUGCAGCAGAACAAAAUCCUCAAGGUGAUCCGUAAGAAUAUUGUGAAGAAGGCCCUGGAGCUCUUCGAGGAGCUCGCAGAGAACAAGGAGGACUACAAGAAGUUCUACGAACAGUUCAGCAAGAACGUGAAGCUGGGCAUCCACGAAGACAGCACAAACCGCAAGAAGCUGAUGGAACUGCUGCGCUUCCACAGUUCGGAAUCCGGUGAGGAGAUGACGACAUUGAAGGACUACGUGACACGCAUGAAGGAUGGUCAGAAGUGCAUCUACUAUGUGACGGGUGACAGCAAGAAGAAGCUCGAAACGUCUCCGUUCAUCGAGCAGGCGAAGCGCCGCGGCAUGGAGGUACUUUUCAUGACUGACCCCAUCGACGAGUAUGUGAUGCAGCAAGUGAAGGACUUUGAGGACAAAAAGUUCGCGUGCCUCACAAAGGAGGGUGUACACUUCGAGGAGACGGAGGAAGAGAAGAAACAGCGGGAAGAAGAGAAGGCAUCAUACGAGCGGCUGUGCAAGGCAAUGAAAGAGGUACUUGGUGACAAAGUGGAGAAGGUGGUGGUGUCCGACCGGUUGGCAACAUCACCAUGCAUUCUCGUGACAUCAGAGUUCGGGUGGAGUGCACACAUGGAACAGAUCAUGCGCAACCAGGCUCUGCGAGACUCCAGCAUGUCUGCGUACAUGAUGUCGAAGAAGACCAUGGAGAUCAACACCACGCACGCCAUCGUCAAGGAGCUGAAACGACGCGUGGAGGCCGACGAAAACGACAAGGCCGCCAAGGACCUGAUAUUCCUCCUCUUCGACACCUCGCUGCUGACAUCCGGGUUUACACUUGAUGACCCCACGGCAUACGCUGACCGUAUCCACCGCAUGAUCAAAUUGGGUCUCUCACUCGACGAUGAUGCGGAAGAGGAGGAAGCGCAGGCACCCGUUGCCGCUGCUGCCGCCAACUCCAGUACUGGUGCGUCGGGUAUGGAGGAAGUGGACUGA